AUGGAAGACGGAGAACCUUCAAAUACAGGCAUGGAAGAUGGAGAAACUUCAAAUAACCUUUCGGAAAAACUACCAAAAAGAGUCCUCGGCGAUGGUUGCUACCCCGUUGGUGCUCGGUUGAACAUAUAUUCAAAGGCCAAUGUAAUUGGCCUCCUUGUCGAGGCGUUAAAGGGUACUGAAGAUCUUGAGAAGCUACUUCAUUCCCAGUUUGGGAACACAGAAGAAGAAGAAGAAGUCGGAAAAACAGGAAUCUGGAAAGACCUGUUCGGAAGAGCGAAGGCUAUGAACGUGUAUGAUGUGCUUGAAAUGCUAAAGGACCCGGAUCUACCCCGAUGGAAACGGCUUCCAUUGGCCCUAAUCGUUCUUGUCGACGGUGUUCUGUUUUGCAAUAGCAAAAAUCUAGCCCUCACCGAGAAAUACGUUGAGAUGUUGAGUGACUUGGAUAGGAUCAUGCUGUAUCCAUGGGGGAGGGUAUCCUUUAACAAAACAGUAUCUCGUUUUCAAGCUCCCAAGACAAUCACGGAUGCUGAGAAAAGGGAGAAUCCUACAUUCCUUGAAGAUCCCGAAGGCUGUCAAAACGUUAUCACACUGUUGCAUCUUGGGGACAUACAUGCCGUGGAAUCCGACCAUCUGUUGUCUGUGAAACAAAUGGUAGUGGAUGAUGGUGAGAAUGACCAACAAAAUGAAUUGCGUUGGGGAGAUGAGGUAGAGGAUGCCGAAGUUGCAUUCAUGCAGGAACUCAUGGCCGAGGGGUACAAAUUCACACUUUCGGAUUUUGCAGUGGCACCGGCAGCUAUCGUGGAUAUUAGUGAUGCGGAGGACGAGGUUACCAAUGAACAGGAACCUGAGCCAUCCACCCGACCGAAAAAGAAACAGAAAACUCAUCAAACUGAAAAACGUAAGAUGCAGAGGAAGAGAGGCAGGGGCAAGAACUCUUCUAAUCUAUCGGAAGAUGAAACACCUGAAAGUGGACAGAUUAAAGAUCUUAAAAGAUGGAUAGUACUUCAGAAUACUUUGCUCCUUCGUGAGAUUAAGACCGAGUUGGACAAGAGAUUGGGCGUAUACCAAGAGGACGAAGAAGAUGACGAUGUACACCAGUCAAAAGAAGAUGGGGAACAAGAUGACGAAGGACAGAAUACAAAAAAAGAUGAUGAAAAAGCGGAUGAAGAUGAAGACGAAGCCGAAGAUGGAGGGGCACAGUCUAGCGUACGCCAUAAUGAUGGUGUACACCCCGAAGAUGGUGUACACCAGAAAGAAAGAGAUGAUGAAGAAGGGACCUCUACUUACUACGGCGGGGACCAUUAUUCUCCCAGGGACCAUGCAUACUUGAAGACUCCAAAAGCUCCGACGAUGACCCCUGAACCGGGACAAGCCAAUUCAGGAACAACUCGUCCACCUUCUUACUUCGUCAUUCCGGAUGAAAUUCCACCUUCUGGCCUCAACGAGGUGGAUGGUGGUAGAACAAAUUUGGUGUCAGGCCCCUUAGUAGUCUACAAACCUCAGACUCCUAACCCAUUGAGCUACGCAUAUAAGAAACAUGAAGCGCAGACAGAUGCACAGGAUGCACAUGGUGUGGCUAAUGAGGACGACUCAAAUGCGGGGAAAGAUUACCAUACUGCGCCUGAGGAUGCAAGUGAUGCUUCGCAGAAGACCCCUUGUACUCCAAAACCCCCACAAGAAGUUGAGGAAUCAUCGAAAGCUGCGUACAAACCACUCGAAACAGUUGACCAAGACCACUUCGAGGCAUUUCAGGAGUUAUUAUCGCGUGAAAGAAACAUCGACUUUUGCAUUGUCACUGGUCAUACUGUGAACAAUCAAUUCUUCCUACAAAUUGCGAAGCCUACUGAGUGGGUUAACACGAUGCACAUGCAAGUCAUAAUGGCCAUGCUUUGGAGACGUAGAGGUGAAAUAUACUUGAAAGACAGGGUAGCAUUUGUAGACACCUUGUUCAUAUCCAUCAUCGGCAACUACUACAACGAUUUCAUAUCGCGAGACAAAAAUCUGUAUGACUGGGGGAAAACCAUUCAGGGCAUUGUAUUGGGAAAACCAGCAAAGUGGGCUAAUCAGCGGCAGAGGCAAAUGUUUGUACGGAUUUUGGACUCAUUCAUCAGUCAUAAUGAUGAAGCGGCUGUGGAGCAGUAUAUGGCGCCCGUGUGUCAAAGUAUGUCAUUUAUAUUGAAGCGUUAUUUGGAUAGCAAAUUAACGGAAGGCCUACGCACCACCCCUUACACAUGGAGUCGUUUGGAGGGCAUAUAUCAGAACAAAAGAUCCGGUGACUGUGGUCCAUGUGCGGCCAAAUUCUUAGAGAUGCAUGCUGCAGGCCUUGGAGUGGAGGAUAUGGGUUUGAUAACGGACGAUGACGUUGACAGGUUAAGGGAGAAAUACGCCAUGGACUCAUACGAAGAGUUUGUCGGGAAUCCGGCUAUUGCCAACGCUUAG